CCAAGUCCGCCCCAUCUUCACCCACCACCACCCAUCCAACCCCCCCAUCCCAUCCGAAGUCAUACACAUUCAUCAUGUCUUCACCGGCUAACCGGAGGGGUCGCUCCGCAAAGAAGGCGACCGCAUCGCCUGCCUCAUCCGCUCGCGAGCCUCCUAGCAGCCCCAGUCAACAACAAACUACCCCCCCGCGCCGCCCGACGCCUUGCUGCCGAACGAGCUGUCCCAUCAUCAUCCCCAAUGUUCUUCCAAUCAUCACCUACCAGGUCAAACAGAGAUGCCGAGACCCCCGAUGUUCGCAUGGCCGAGGCUAGUUCGACAGUCGAUGAUGGCGACAGGACACCACGAGCCAACAAUGGAGGAAUCAGAGAUUCCUCCCCUAUCAAUUAUAUCCCCAGCUCCUCCCCGACUCGGGGGUUCGCCCGCAAUGAUAUUCGUUCCGACAUUCGCUCAGAUGCCAACAGUAUAAGCAGUGGCUUGUUUGUCUCCCCAAGCCGCCAAGGUCGUGGUACAGGACCCCGUCGUAGCGACCUCCACUCGGGCGUGUUUGGAUCGACUCCCGCCCGCCGAGCCAGACUUUUUGUUGACGCCAAUGGCAUGCCCUCUGGCGAUAAUGUGGCCCGUUCGGAUGCCACUUUCUCGAACAUCAACCCUGGAACCUCCGAGGCCGAGGCGAUGGCUGGUAACUCCUCGCGUGUUAUUUGGGGUACCAACAUUUCGAUCCAAGACUCCAUGUCCGCUUUCAAGAACUUCCUCUACAACUUCGCUACCAAGUACCGUUUGUGGGCGGACGGAGCCUCGGAGGACGAGACUCGAUUCCUUGGAGAUGCCGCUGAGAAGCGCGAAUAUAUUACCAUGCUUAACGAUAUGCGCCGACUUGGUAUGACAACUUUCAACCUGGAUGCCCGCAACCUGAAGUCAUACCCCCUGACCCAGAAGUUGUGGCACCAAUUGCUUGCCUACCCCCAGGAAAUUAUUCCGUUGAUGGAUCAGACUGUGAAGGAUGUGAUGGUGGACUUGGCUCUGAAGGAAAUGGAUGUUCUGCGUUCUGAAAACCAGCGUGGCAUCCCAUCUCGUGAUCGUCGUGGCCAGUCUAUUCUUACAUCGGAUGCUCCCACUGCGGAAGUACCUGACCUCGUGGGUGAAGUCGAGGCUAUGGCAUACAAGGUGCUUCCAUUCGGACUCGACCAGACUGUGAACAUGAGAGAUCUCGACCCAGCUGAUAUGGAUAAAUUGGUUAGCAUCAAGGGUCUCGUCAUCCGUACCACCCCUAUCAUUCCGGAUAUGAAGGAAGCCUUUUUCCGCUGCCACGUCUGCAGCUAUGGUGUUCAGGUUGACAUUGACCGUGGCCGCAUCGCCGAGCCUACUAUCUGCCCCCGCGAUUCGUGCAAGGAGAAGAAUUCCAUGCAGCUCAUCCACAACCGUUGCUCAUUUUCUGACAAACAAGUCAUUAAGCUGCAGGAGACCCCUGACAACGUCCCCGACGGUCAGACACCUCACUCGGUAUCUCUUUGCGUCUACGAUGAACUGGUCGACAUCUGCAAGGCUGGUGACCGCGUCGAGGUGACUGGUAUCUUCCGUUGCAACCCUAUGCGAGUGAGCGCUCGCCAGCGUUCUCAGAAGGCUCUUUUCAAGACCUAUGUCGAUGUUCUGCAUGUGCAGAAGGUUGACAAGAAGAAGAUGGGUAUUGACGUGUCCACAGUUGAGCAGGAAAUGUCCGAGCAGGCAGCUGAAGCUGACCAGACCCGCAAAAUCUCCGCGGAAGAGGAGGACAAGAUCAAGCGCACUGCCUCGCGCCCUGAUAUCUACGAACUACUUUCUCGCUCGCUCGCACCGAGUAUCUAUGAGAUGGACGAUGUGAAGAAGGGUAUUCUGCUGCAAAUGUUCGGCGGUACCAACAAGACUUUCCAGAAGGGUGGUAACCCCAGGUACCGUGGAGACAUCAACAUUCUCCUCUGCGGUGACCCAUCUACCGCUAAGUCGCAACUGCUGCGCUACGUUCACAAGAUCGCCCCCCGUGGUGUGUAUACCAGUGGUAAGGGAUCUUCAGCAGUCGGUCUGACUGCCUACGUGACUCGCGAUCCCGAAACCAAGCAGAUGGUUCUCGAGUCUGGUGCUUUAGUUCUGUCCGAUGGCGGUACUUGCUGCAUUGACGAGUUCGACAAGAUGAACGAAGCCACCCGCUCCGUCCUCCACGAAGUUAUGGAACAACAGACUGUGUCCAUCGCCAAGGCCGAACAUCGACCUCCCCCCCCAACCCUGCUCUCCCGUUUUGACCUGGUCUACCUGGUUCUCGACCGCGUCGAUGAAACCGAGGAUCGCCGCAUGGCAAAGCACUUGGUUAACAUGUAUCUCGAAGAUACCCCCGACAACGCCAGCUCGCAGGAGAUCCUGCCAAUUGAGUUCCUGACAGCCUACAUCACCUACGCGAAGACCCAAGUCCACCCCGUUCUGACUCCCGCCGCGGGUGCCGCCCUCACCGAAGCCUACGUUGCCAUGCGCCAGCUGGGUGAUGACAUUCGGGCCACGGAGCGCCGCAUCACGGCCACGACACGUCAACUGGAGUCGAUGAUCCGUCUGUCCGAAGCCCACGCCCGUAUGCGCCUCUCCCCCGAGGUGACGGCGGGCGAUGUCGAGGAAGCCGUGCGACUGAUUCGCUCGGCCAUCAAACAAGCCGCGACGGAUGCGCGCACAGGCCUGAUCGAUAUGGGUCUCCUCACGGAGGGUACCAGUGCUAGCGAGCGACGCAUGCGCGAGGAUCUCAAGAAGGCAGUUCUCGCUCGGUUGGACGACCGCGGUGGCGUUGGUGGUGCAGCCGUUCGCUGGACUGACUUGUUCCGCGACAUGGGUGAACAGAGCGACGCGCCUAUCGACCACCACCAGUUUGGCGACGCGGUGCGAUCGCUGGAGCAAGAGGGUGCAGUGCACGUCUCUGGAGAAGGCCCUCGCCGGAGUAUUCGCCGGGCGGCCAUGGGGUUGUCCUAG